UGGUGAUCUGCUAUCUGUGUAAAACUGUGCUGUCAUAGCUGAACAAGAAUGGCAACAUUAAUAUAAUUUCUAAAGGUGGCGGUAACGCCCUCCACAGACAACAAACGAGGAAGAAGAUCACUUCCUUAAAUGAUUUGAGAAAUCAACAUGGCCAGACUAUUUGACAAGUUCGCUGUCCUAAUCUUGUUCUUAUGGAGGCUACAGAUAUGUGCGACAUCAAAAUGCAAAUCAAAAAUCAUAACCUGCACUGAAAUCCAUGGUGCUGAGGGAUUUAGAUUUGAACACGAAUGCCCAGAAGGAAGUGAGAUUGCUGUUGAACAAAACAAGAUGAAUUUCGGUUCUGCUGAUCUACGCAAACAGGUUUUUAACUUUUUGCCACCAGUUGUGAAAAUGGAUAACCAUUCAGUGAUCACAGAAGACUGCCAGGAUCUUAACAUUACAUGCACACUUACUACAGAAAACCUCCAAAAACUUGCCGGAGAAAAGUGCGUAAAUUUCAAAUCCAACCCUGGCAAUCUUGGUGCGAGUCCUGGGCCACCAAUCCAGGAUCAAAGUUACCUUGGAUGGAUUGCAGUUCUGCUGAUCCUACUUGUUGUCUUUGGACUCUUCGCUUACUACUGCUGGAAAAAACAUAAGAGAGGUGGGAUAUUCAACUGUCUCCAAAGAAACCAAGAAGGAAGUGGAUUCCCAAUGGUUCCAAGAGGAGACAUAGAGGGACAAAACAAUGCUGACGUCAGGAAUGGAGAAGAUCCGUCUGGAUGUGGUGAAAAUGACCCAGAUCCACUUCAAAGUGCGAUGAGUGGAAACAUGGGAUCUUCCAACACCACCACUCCAUCUGAUCACAACCCAAUGAACGGCUUUAGGAACAUGAAUGAGGAGCCAGGCGGAAUAAACGGAACUAAAGGACGAGGAAAUAAGAGGGAGCUGGAUGGCGGAGGGGCUGCUGCUCAUCAUCACACUGAAGAACAACCACUGCUGCCAGAUCAGCGAACUGCCAAUGGAGAUUUCAACAGGUCUUGUGUCGCUUUGAGUUUGGUGAACGAGCUUAGCAACCAGGAAGCAGUCACCAGAUGCUCUGCAACACCAGAUGCUGACGUGGAGUCAACAUACCCUGAAAAAAUAUUUAAUAUAUAACAAUAAUAAUAAUAAUAAAUAAAUAAAUAAAUAAAUAAAUAAAGAAAGAAAGAGAGAAAGAAAUAAAGGAAUAAAUAAAUAAAUAAAUAAAUAAAU